CUUUACCAGAUCCAGUUCGUAUCGACAGUUAACGAUGUUGAAGUUUGCAUUGGUAAUUUUAGCUGUGUUUGGAGCUUCAUCAGCUCUCAAACCGCACCGUCCCCGCCCUUGGUGGUAUUCCGGUAGCGAAAGGAUUGUGGGAGGUUUCGAGAUUCCGAUCGAAGAUGCCCCGUACCAGGUUUCGCUCCGAGAGUUCGGACACUUCUGUGGGGGAUCCAUCAUCGGAAGCCAAUGGGUUCUGACGGCUGGGCAUUGCGUUUCCAGUUCCUCUAGCCCCGGAGAAACCAUCCGCAUCGGAAGCGCCGAUAAUGGCGAGGGUGGCCAGAUUGUCACAGUGAAACGGGCCAUUCAGCAUCCCAAAUAUGAUAGGAACACUAUCGACUACGAUUUUACCCUGUUGGAGCUGGCUGAGGAGAUCAAGUUUACCGAAAGCUACACAGCCAUCGAGCUGCCGGAACAGGAUGAACCAGUUGAGGAUGGAUCCAUGUGCUUGGUUUCCGGAUGGGGUAACACCCAGAACUGGAUGGAUAAUCCCAGAGUUCUACGGGCCGCGAAUGUUCCUUCCGUCAAUCAGCAACAGUGCAACCAAGCCUAUUCGGACUUUGGAGGAAUUACCGAUCGAAUGAUCUGUGCCGGAUACGAGAAGGGAGGCAAGGAUGCCUGUCAGGGAGAUUCCGGAGGCCCGUUGGUGCACGGUGGUAAACUGAUCGGAGUUGUGUCCUGGGGCUACGGUUGUGCCGAGGAAGGUUUCCCGGGAGUCUAUUCCCGAGUUGCUUCAGUGCGCGAUUGGAUCAGGGAAGUCAGUGGAAUCUAACUGGAUAAUUUGCUGAAGAAGUUUAUCUGACUGAUAGCCAGAUAUUUGUAGAAUAAAAUGCAA